UUUAUGUAUGCCGUUUGACGCUUUUAAGGUUAUGUCAGCGUCAACAUCGGUAGCGCUGUAAGAAUAAUCCAACAAUUCAUCAAAAUAAAGCAAAAUGGAAACAAUUCUCGAACAACAACGUCGAUACCAUGAAGAAAGGGAGCGUUUGAUAGACACAAUGGUGAAGGAAAUGCUCCAUAAGAAAAAUACGUAUCGUGAGACCAUAAAUUCGGAUCACAGACAAAAAUAUUUGCUUGAUCGUUACAUGACGGCAACAGACCGUCUAAUCGAUUUGUAUGAAGAUAAAGAUGGCCAAAGGAAGGCCGAAGUUGCCGCGCUCACUGGUCCCAAUGAAUUUAAUGAGUUCUACAGCAGACUGAAGCAAAUUAAGGACUUUUAUAGGAAACAUCCCAAUGAAAUUAGUGUUCCAAUGUCAGUGGAGUUUGAUGACUUGGCCAAAGCUAGAGAGAAUCCUUCAGAAGAGAUGGCUAAUCUUGUUGAAUUUACUGAUGAAGAAGGCUAUGGAAAAUACUUGGAUUUACAUGAAUGUUAUGAAAAAUACAUUAAUUUAAAGGGAAUAGAGAAAGUAGAUUAUAUAACAUAUUUGGCAUCUUUCGAUCAGCUAUAUGAGAUUCCAAAGGAAAGAAAAACUGGAGAAUAUAGAAAAUAUUUGCUGACUUUAAUAGAAUACUUAAGCUGGUUUGUGCAAAGAAUUAAACCUCUAAUGGAUUUGGAUGCUGAUUUGCAAGAGGAAGUGGAUAAUGUUAUAAAUAAUUGGGAAAGUGGGAAUGUUCCUGGUUGGCCAAAAGAAACUGGUUCAGUAUUAGCAAAUGUUGGAGCUCAUUUAGAUUUGUCAGCAUUUUCCAGCUGGGAGGAAUUGGCGUCGUUGGGAUUGGAUCGCUUAAAAUCCGCACUUAUGGCUCUUGGAUUAAAGUGUGGAGGUACACUGGAGGAACGUGCACAAAGAUUAUUCUCAACAAAAGGCAAAGGUACACUGGAUCCUUCACUAAUGACAAAAAACAACAAAGGCAGAGCCAACAAAGAAAAAGAGAAUUUAAGGCACAGAGAAAUUGCAACCUACGAGGCCCAAGUUUACAGAUUGGCUGAAUUGGUGUCCAUGCAAAGAGCAGCAACCAAAGAAAAUGUCCAGCGAAAACAAGCCAGAACUGAUGGCGAAAGAAACGACAGUGAAAAUGAGGAGAGUGAAGAGGAUAGUCCUGAUGAAGCUGAUGACGACGUUCCUUACAAUCCUAAAAAUUUGCCUUUAGGAUGGGAUGGAAAGCCAAUUCCAUACUGGUUGUAUAAAUUGCAUGGCCUGAACAUCAGUUAUAACUGCGAGAUUUGCGGUAAUUACGUAUACAAAGGACCGAAGGCCUUCCAAAGACAUUUUGCGGAGUGGAGACAUGCGCACGGGAUGAGAUGUCUCGGAAUACCAAACACUGCGCAUUUUGCUAACGUUACUCAGAUUGAAGACGCAUUAGCCCUGUGGGAAAAACUCAAGGUGCAGAAACAGAGUGAACGUUGGCAGCCCGAGACCGAGGAAGAAUACGAGGAUUCGCAGGGAAACGUGGUUAACAGGAAAACUUACGAAGAUUUAAAAAGACAAGGACUUUUAUAAACAAGUGUGUUUCAAACUUUAUAUUAAAAUUUAUAAUACAAUAACAAUAUACA